CUAGGGGAUUGCUGGGUGGGGUGGGGGGGAUAAAAAGCUGGCGUAGGGGGGAAAGCCAGCUUUUGCAAAGAUCUGGAGACUGGCAGAUCUCAGCAACCUGGAGCCAUAGGAUGUGAGAGAAGAAAAAACAACUUUCUUUUUUGCUGGUCACACAGAUUGGCAGCUCCAGUAUGAUUUGCUUCUUCCACUGGGUGUCCUCUGGUUUCGAGAACGUCCUAAAGGAAUCCUGGGCUAAAAUCCGGGGGAAACUCCCCAUGAAGGUGUGCGUCACUCAUAACUCGGAUAAGAACAACCCAUCUUAUCACAGUCCUUUCUGCUGGGCUGCCUUUUGAGUUGGGAGCAACUUCCACCCCUUCCAUCCCCCCCCCUUUUGAUGUGACAGAAUUGCUGUUAUAACGCUUACAAAUCGUGGGACUUGUGGCCACCUGUGAGCUAAGAAGAGCCGUUUUCCAAUGCUGGACGUGGAAACGUUGCCUCUUUUUAAGUGUGGGCUGGUCGAAGGGCUACUGGCGGAGCCAUGAGUCUCUCCUUCCAGAACGUUCCAGAACAGGGUGUGAACUCUGCCAUGAAAACAGCGGGGGAAACUCCGCCAAGACCCCUUGAAGCAGAAGGGGAGAAGACGGUCCCUCAGGUGAUACAAGUUGGAACCAUCGGGGAAUUUCUAGGUUGGGUGGCCCCCCAAGAGUUGGCCUUAGGAUCCGAGGACGGGUUGGCCCAGCACUGGGAAGCCCAAUGGCAGGAGGUCUUGAAGGCCGUCCAACCUCUUCCGGAUGGGUAUGUGAUCCAACCGCCAUUGAAACCCUCCCCGUGGGACCCUGGCGAGGUCACCACCGUGGGUGGCCACCCGUGGCCAGUUGGAGAAGGGGUGACCCAAAUCCUGUUGGGCAGCGGGGGACUUCCGCCAGGGCCAAGGGAUCUGGGCGCUGGAGGCAACAGGGCAGCCAAGGAGGUCGUCAUGGGAGAGGACGCCGUGGUGACGGAGGCCCAACGCCAGCGUUUCCGGCAAUUCAGCUACCAGGAGGCGGAAGGUCCCCGGGAGGUUUGCCGCAGGCUCCGGGACCGAUGCCGGCGGUGGCUGCUGCCAGAGAGGCGCACCAAGGACCAGAUCCUGGAGCUCUUGAUCCUGGAGCAGUUCCUGAGCAUCCUGCCUCCGGAAAUGCAGAGCUGGGUCCGAGGGCAUUGCCCGCAGCUUUGCUCUCAGGCGGUGACCCUGGCCGAGCAGUUCCUCCGUGGUCAGCAAAGGGAGGUCAAGGUUCGGGGUUCCUGUGAGGAGGUGAUGGUGGUCUCCCCUGAAGCGGCCUGGUCUCCCUCAGGCUCUGCACCCCGUCGGCCCCUCCACAAAGAGGAUCUGUCAGCAGACGGGCCGCAAAAUCCCAGUUCCUCAGGGAAAAGCCGAGCACCGGACAUUUACGUACUUCCCUCGGGCGAAAGAACAGUGAACGGGGACAUGUUGGCCGUUCCUCCUCAAGGCAGCGUAUCUGAGCUGCCGACGCUGCUCGGGACGUUACUGGGGCCCUCCAGUUCCCUCCGAGGCGCUCCGGGACUGGAGCAGGAGAACGGGCUCGAACCGGCCGAGGCGUGGGAGGAGGAAGCCCGGCUCUGCAGCGAAGGGGUGUACGAGACGGUGGUCCGGCUGGAGGAGUACGGCCACUGGUGCCUCGAGUGCGGGGAGAGCUUUCAGGACGCCACGCAACUCACAGAGCACCAGAGGACGCAUUCGGGCCGCAAGAGGCCGGAAUGCCCCGAGUGCGGGAAGAGUUUCCGGGACCUCUCGCAUGUCCUCCGGCACCAGACGGUCCACACGGGGGAGAAACCGUACGCCUGCUCCGAGUGCGGGCAAAGCUUCACCCAGAAACCGGCUCUCAAUCGACAUCUAAGGAAACAUAUGGAAGACAAAGACUACCCAGGUUUGGAAAUCACUGUGAAGCCCGCAAGGGUGCACGCGGGGGGCCGCAAGCGCCCGGAGUGUCUGGAAUGUGGGAAAAGUUUCCGGGAUGUAUCGCAAGUCCUUCGCCACCAGACGGUCCACACGGGGGAAAGACCUUACCGCUGCCUGGAGUGCGGGCAGAGCUUCACUCAGAAGCCGGCGCUGAACAGACACAAAAGGAAACAUCUGGAAGCCCAACCCUAUGCAGACAAUGGAGAAACACACGGAAACCAAGACAGGGGCUACAUGAAACCUGUCGUGGUGCCACAGGGGGUCAGUGGCAACUGUGGCGCCCGCAGUUUAUGGGAGAGCUGGCCAACGAGUAACAAAGACGGCAAGCCAACACCAAGCGUGGCGGAAGAAUCCAAGAACACGAGGAAGAACCUGAACCGCAAGGGACAGAAGAAACACUGGUGUUUUCUCUGCGUGAAGGGUUUCCGGGACAAGGCAGACUUGGUGAGGCAUGAAAGGAUUCACACGGGCGAAAAGCCAUACGCGUGUCUCGAGUGCGGAAGGCGGUUCAGCUACACCUCGAGUCUGUACAAGCACCAGUUGAUCCACAGCCUGCCGGGCGAUCUGCUGGCAGGAGAAUUCGAAGAAGAGGAAUUAAUCCAGGAGCAGAAAGCUCCUGUGAACCUAGUCGUGGCUGGAGAAGAUGGGGGCAAGAGGUUGAACCCCGGAGUGAAGGUGAAGAAGGAGGAUUGUGAGGAGGAAAUUUCCCCUGGGCCUCGCCUAAUACCCGUCGGAAAUUUUGCAGAGAGGUGAAAAGUGUGACCUUUGCCGCUACUGUUUCUUCUUCUUCUUAAAACAUAGUUCCAGGUUUAAAAUCCUCUUUUGUUACACUGACUGGCAAUACAGUGGGCGUCACGGAAUCACCACAAGUGAAGAAGUGGGCAUAAACAUAGGCCUGCAGUGUUGAACGCCUCUAACUUCUCCGUUUGUUCACAGCUGAGGGUUAUGCCAGUCACGUCACGCAGGCGUUAAAAAAACGCAAACCGAAUUUUGGCCAGCGAUUCAAAACCGGCCCCCUCCCCGGGUUUUGUCUCUACCACUCCUAGCGUGUACAUAGAUGUAAAGCUGUUUUUCUUAUGUCUGACUGUGACGACGCUCUGAGUCGUGUGGCGGAUCAUCUUCACAGUAGCAUGGUCUCGGUGGACUCCUGUCUCAAACGCUAGCUUGUGUCUCAUGUCAAAUAAAAAAAGCUGGAUGGAUUUUAA